GUUCUGAGUUGAGGAUAUAAGAAGAGCUGCGCAAUGUCAACAGUAGACCAGAAACACAUUCAAGACAAAGGAGUUUGAAGAGGGGAUACAUCUUUAACAAACAGGGACUAGAUCCUGAUUACUUUUUUCCAAUUAAUUUAACUGAUCGUCAUCGAAGCAAGAUGCCUUUCCUCGGACAGGACUGGAGGUCACCGGGUCAGAGUUGGGUUAAAACCGAGGAGGGAUGGAAAAAGACAUCAGCAGACGACAAAAACAACAAUGUCUCCGUGGAGAGCUUCUGCAAAGCUGAGGAGGAGGAGUGUUUCAACAAGGAGAACCUGCUGCUCUCUCUGGGCUAUGACAUGGCUGCCAAGAAGAGGAAAAAAGACCUAAUGAACAACAACACCAAGGUCCCCUAUUUCCACAGGGAAAAGUGGAUUUAUGUUCAUAAAGGAAGCACCAAGGAGCGCCACGGAUAUUGUACACUAGGAGAGGCCUUCAACCGCUUAGAUUUCUGCAGCGCCAUCAAGGACACGAGGAGAUUUAAUUACGUCGUCAGACUCCUGGAGCUUAUCGCAAAGUCCCAGCUCCCCUCGCUCAGCGGAGUGGCACAGAAAAACUACAUGAAUAUUCUGGAGAGAGUGGUACAGAAAGUUCUCAAUGACCAGCAGAAUGUUCGUCCGAUCAAGGAGCUGCUGCAGACGCUCUACAUCUCGCUGUGUGGUCAUGUUCAGGACAUGGGCAAAUCUGUCCUGGUAGGGAACAUUAACAUCUGGGUGCAUCGCAUGGAGAACAUCAUGCAGUGGCAGCAGCAGCUGGACAACAUCCAGAUCAACAGGCCCACAUCUACAGGGAUGGGUCUGACUGACCUGCCUGUCAGUCUGCAGUUGAACAUCAUGCAGCGUAUCACAGACGGCAGGGACCUGGUCAGCCUGGGCCAGGUGUGCCCCGAACUGGGGGCUCUCACUGAGGACCGGCUGCUGUGGAAGAAACUCUGCCAGUACCACUUCACAGACAGACAGAUCCGAAAGCGCCUGAUGGUGUCAGAUAAAGGUCAUCUGGAGUGGAAGAAGAUGUACUUUAAGCUGAGUCGCUGCUAUCCUCACAGAGAGCAAUACAGUGACACCCUGCACUUCUGCACACACUGCCACAUCCUUUUCUGGAAGGACACAAACCAUCCCUGCACGGCCAACAACCCAGAAAGUUGCACCAUGUCCCUCUCCCCUCAAGACUUUAUCAACCUUUUCAACUUCUGAUCCCCAUUCCCCCACCAAAAGAUGAACUGACUGUACAUACUGUACAUAGAAGUGUACAAUAUUGUUUUUGUUUAAUGGCACAAUCGAUUCCUGAAUGUGUAUUUAGCUGAGGUAUGACUGGAGGGUGUUCAUGCAGCGGGACAAUUAUGCAAUCAUGUUUUCUUUUUGAAAGAGUACAGAGCUCCUGGGAGAGUUCACUGUUGAAAGUGAGUGAAUGUGACCGAGAAGGGGAAAAAAGAUGUAGAAGCAGUCGGCCUGUGGGUGGAGGGUAAAGGGAACACUCGACUGUCAGAGUUUAGUCUUAGUUUCAUGAGUUUUUUUUAAAAUUAUACCUCCAAAGUAAACCUGACCUUAGAUGUGUACACCUGUUGUUGUUUUUUUCACCGAUUUAAUAGAAUUUAUUUGUUUUUCAAACCUUUCUUUCGACACAGGGAGUAGGAACAUUAUUCAUACCUGUUUGUUUGAUAUUUGAAAUGUAAUUUAAUAUAUUACAAGACCUGCUCACAUGGGGAGAAUCAACAUAUUCAGGUGAAGUUUGCAGUAACAUUGUGUUUGGCACUCGGACAGAGAGAAGUAAAUCUUUAGUUGGUGCAGCACCGAAGGGAUAAUGAAUCUGAGCAAGGGACUCUGAGUGAUGACUCUGUGUUAUGACACACUGCAGUUGUGUUUUCUAUUUUUCUUUGUUGUUUUUCACUUUUAUAAAGAUUUGAUAUGACUUUUUUUUAAAUUAAUUGUGUGUUUGUUUUCUGCUGUGGCUGCUAUAGCAACAGCACCUGAGUGCAGUAUUACCAAAAAUAUCAAAGUCAAUAUAAUAAUGGUGUGUGCCUUUUAUCAUAAAACUUGAAACCGGUACAGCUUAAUUCUCGUUUGCAAUCUUUUCAGAUCCCAGUGCUGUUUGUAUGAUCAACAAAUGUCUCAUUUGUAGAAAAGUGCUAUUUAACAUACCAAAGUUGACUGUCUGAAAGAUAAAAAGAUCUUUUUUUUUU